AUGUUCAAACAUUCUAUCAAACCAAUCACAAACCAAAAAAGGUUUUUCUUUAAAACAUCAAUCCAUCAAUCUGCUCAUUUCGAUAGUCAUCAAUUUGUUACUCAAUUACAAAAAGAUGGUCUUUCGAGAGAUCAAGCUGAAGGUUUGAUUUUGGCUAUCGAACAAGUUAUUGAUCAAUCUAUUAAAGGUUUGAUCACUGGUUUAGUCACUAGAAAUGAAAUCGAAAAGCAACAAUAUACUCAAAGAGUUGAUUUUGCAAAACUUAAAUCAGAAAUUCAAUUAGUAGAAAAACAAGAUUUCGCAUUACUUAAAUCAGAAAACGAGCGACUUUUAAGUGAAUUAGAAAAACUAAAACAAAGAUUAAGAGAAGAGAUUACUCGUACUCAAGCUUCUGUUAGAUUAGAUUUGAAUUUAGAAAAAGGUAGAAUACGUGAUGAGUUAGGUUUACGUGAGUUGAAGAUUAGAGAAGUAGAUACUAGGAUCGAAGGUGAAAUUGGGAAUUUACGUACCACAAUGGAAAGUGUAAAAUUCAAUAUUCUUCAAUAUGUCGUUGGUACAGUAGCUUCUAGUGGUGCUUUAUUAUUAGCUUACAUUCGAAUGUUCCGAUAA